AUGGCGUUAGAUACAGAAAAGGCAUCCACCGAUGCCAACCGCAGUCAAGAUGAAGACGCGGGAGACAUUCCCAAGGACCCCGACGCCCACCUCUCGCCAGAAGAGCGCGCACAGGUGGAACGACGACUCGUUUGGAAGCUAGAUUGGAUUCUUAUGCCAUGGCUCUGCUUCCUCUACCUCUUAGCCUUCCUAGACCGGACCAACAUCGGCAACGCAAGAAUCGCAGGUCUCUACGAAGACCUUGACCUUACCAUACCCUCCUACAAUGCCACUCUCACCAUCUUUUUCGUCUCAUACGCUCUUUUCGAGCCGCUCACCAACAUCCUGCUCAAGAAGCUACGGCCCUCCAUUUUCAUCCCGAUUAUCAUGAUCCUCUGGGGCGCGAGCAUGCUGGGCAUGGGCUUCGUGCACAACUGGUCCGGGCUGAUGGCGGCGCGGUGGUUCCUGGGGCUGACCGAGGCCGGGCUGUUCCCGGGGGUCAACUACUACCUGUCGUGCUGGUACAAGCGGUCCGAGUUCGGCGUGCGCGCGGCCAUCUUCUUCUCGGCCGCCGCCAUCUCGGGCUCCUUCGGCGGCCUGCUCGCCGCCGCCAUCGAGCAGAUGCACGGCCUGGGCGGCAUCGCGGGAUGGGCGUGGAUCUUCAUCAUCGAGGGCUUGUUGACCAUCGUCGUGGGGGUCGCCUCCUUCUGGAUGGUCCACGACUUCCCCGACGAGGCCCGCUUUUUGUCUGACGACGACCGCGCCCGCGUCGUGCUGCGCCUGCGCAUGGACCAGCAGGCGUCGGCCUCCCACGAGUCGUUUCAGAUGAGCUACCUGUGGCAGGCGCUGGGCGACUGGAAGAUGUGGCUGGGCAUGGUCAUCUACAUGGGCUGCGACAUGCCGCUGUACGCCUUCUCGCUGUUCCUGCCCACCAUCAUCUCCAACCUGGGCUGGAACACCAGCGUGGUGCGGUCGCAGCUCAUGUCCGUCCCCCCUUACGUCACGGCGGCCAUCCUGACGGUGGUGAUCGGUUUCGUGGCCGACCGCACGCGCGCGCGGGGGCUGUGCAACAUAUUGGUGUCGGUCAUGGCCGUGGCGGGCUUCGCCAUGCUGCUGGGCACCGACGACCCGGCGGUGCAGUACGCGGGCACCUUUUUGGCGGCCCUGGGCAUCUACCCGUGCAUCUCCAACACCAUCAGCUGGGUGGCCAACAACAUCGAGGGCGUCUACAAGCGCGGUGUGGUUCUCGGAUUCGUCAUCGGCUGGGGCAACCUCAACGGCAUCGUCAGCAGCAACGUCUACUUCAACGGCCCGCGCUACCCGGAGGGCCAUGGUGUUAUGAUCGGCUACCUGGCCGUCUUCUUGUUUGGUGGUUCUGUCCUCAUGUCGGUGCUACUACGCCGCGAGAAUGCUAAGCGUCGCCGGGGCGAGCGCGAUCACUGGGUCCAGGGGAUGAGCGAGAAGGAGAUUGAGAAGCUCGGGGACCAGAGGCCUGAUUUUAUAUAUACGGUGUGA